GGGACAAUCACGUGAUAAAGGCAUGUUCCAGCUGUUGGGAACUUUUCCUCAGUCAGGACCCUUCCUCUCUUUAUUGCAGUCCAGUUCAUUAUCCGACUUCCGAGAGGCGCCUUUCACCCCGUCAGUGAAAUCCCCACUGAAAUCCCAACGCCGAGCCACAAGGAGGAAGGACUGAGCCCAUUCAACAGCCAGGAGAAGCCAAUUCUGCGCACUUUUGAUCUCAAGGAACUUCUCCGAAAUGCCUCUGGUCAGGUCACUUUCGGUCACUUCUUUAAAUGGACUUCCCGCCUGGGAGGAUGAAAAUUUACCCGUGGAAGAUCUAAUGCUCUUUGAGGUUUCUUGGGAAGUCACCAACAAAGUUGGCGGUAUCUACACUGUAAUACAAACAAAGGCAAAGGUCACAGCAGAUGAAUGGGGAGAAAACUAUGUGCUGAUUGGUCCAUAUUAUGAGCAUAAUGUGAAGACACAAGUAGAAGUGUUUGAACCAAACAACUUUGCCAUCAAAAAGACAAUGGAUUUCAUGAGGUAUCAAGGAUUUCGGGUUUGCUUUGGCAGAUGGUUGAUCGAAGGUAAUCCCUAUGUACUGCUAUUUGAUAUUGGUUCAGCAACAUGGAACCUGGACAGAUGGAAAGGAGAAUUCUGGGAUGCUUGCAACAUUGGUGUCCCACAUUAUGAUGGCGAAUCAAAUGAUGCUAUAAUUUUUGGAUCUCUAACUGCCUUGUUUUUGAAAGAGCUUGCUGAUCAGUUCCAUGACAAACCAAACAUCAUCGCCCACUUUCAUGAAUGGCAAGCGGGUGUCGGACUGGUACUGAGCAGAAUCCGAAAGUACCCCAUCGCAACAAUCUUCACCACCCACGCCACGUUGCUGGGAAGGUACUUGUGUGCUGGCAAUACUGACUUUUACAACCAACUCGAUAAGUUUGACAUUGACAAGGAAGCAGGAGAAAGACAGAUUUACCACCGCUACUGCAUAGAGAGAGCAACGGCACACUGUGCACACGUAUUCACAACCGUCUCCGCCAUCACCGCAAUUGAGGCAGAGAACAUGAUAAAGAGAAAACCAGAUGUGAUCACACCUAAUGGACUGAACAUCAAGAAGUUCUCUGCCAUGCACGAAUUUCAGAACCUGCAUGCCCUGUACAAGUCUCGCAUCCAAGAAUUUAUUCGGGGCCACUUCUAUGGCCACCUGGAUUUCAAUUUGGAAAAGACACUCUUCUUCUUCAUUGCUGGCAGAUAUGAAUUUACAAAUAAAGGGGCUGACCUAUUCAUAGAAGCUUUGUCAAGGUUAAACUUCCUCCUUAGGGUACAGAAAUGUGAUGUGACCGUUGUGGUAUUUUUCAUAAUGCCCGCGAAAACUCACAACUUUAAUAUCGAAACCUUGAAGGGGCAGGCAGUCAGGAAACAGCUAUGGGAUACUGCCCAUUUAGUCAAGGAGAAAUUUGGAAAGCGACUUUAUGAAGCAUUGUUAAAAGGGGAAACUCCAGAUAUGACCAAGUUCCUCGAUCGUGAUGACUUGACCGUAAUGAAAAGAGCCAUUUAUGCAACACAGCGUCACACCUUACCUCCAGUGACCACCCACAACAUGCUUGAUGAUGACAAGGACCCCAUCCUCAGCACCAUCAGACGAAUUGGACUAUUCAACAACCGGGCUGACAGGGUCAAGAUUGUUUUUCAUCCUGAGUUUCUAUCAUCCACCAGUCCACUUUUGCCUAUGGACUAUGAAGAGUUCGUCCGAGGCUGUCAUCUUGGAGUAUUCCCGUCCUACUAUGAGCCUUGGGGAUAUACUCCUGCUGAGUGCACAGUGAUGGGAAUUCCCAGUGUGACUACCAACCUCUCUGGCUUUGGUUGUUUUAUGCAGGAACAUGUGGCAGACCCAACAGCUUAUGGGAUUUAUAUCGUCGAUCGGAGAUUCCGAUCUCUCGAGGAGUCAUGCAAUCAGUUGACACAGUUCAUGUUCGGGUUCUGCAAGCAGUCACGUCGCCAGAGAAUUAUCCAAAGGAAUCGGACAGAAAGGCUUUCAGAACUUCUGGACUGGAGAUACCUGGCCAGGUACUACAUGCAUGCCCGCCAUCUUGCGCUGUGUAAAGCCUUCCCAGAAAAGUUCCAGAUGGAGCCAGUUGCGCCACCAUUGACUGAAGGUUUCAGAUAUCCCAGACCAGCCUCUGUGCCCCCGUCCCCUUCUGUGUCAUUGCAUUCAAGCCCGCACCAGAGUGACGAUGAGGAGAAUGAUGAUGAGCGGUACGAUGAGGAGGAAGAGGCAGAAAAGGAUCGAAGGAACAUUAAAGCACCCAUUGGGAAGAACCAAUCAGACGCAGAGUACCAAAACUGAGUAGAUGGCUAACUUUACCCUUUGAAACAUUGUUUACAAUACUUUGACAAUGGGAAGGUAGAAAUGCGAGAGCUGGCAAAUUAAAACCAUGUAGUCUGGUUAUACUGUGUCCUGUGACUAUAUAUUGUCACAUUCUCAACUAUAUCAAGACCAGAAAUUUGUUUUACGAAGAAGUCGUGUGCAAAUACAUAUAGUAAACUUUUGAAAUUCUUACAGUAAUAAAGGAAAAGAUGUGCCUUUUCUCUUUCCUACUGUGUUAUAUCAAAAUAGUGCUGAAAGGAUUGCACGCUUUCUUGCUGUAUAUCUGGUUACUCCAUCUACCUUUCCAAUUCAACAGAAGUUAAUUCCAGUAAUAAAUUUCCACAUAAGGAAAUAAUAAUGCACACUCAAAGCCACCCCUUGAUUCCAUAACACAUUUACACCAUCUCUACAAAUAGGUUGUUAGAAUGUUAUAAUUAUAUUACGUCAUAUUUAGUCAUUAGGAAAUGUUUUCUGUAAUCAAUCUUUCAGAAUGAAAGACAUGAUGGUUAUCACCAAGUGCCUAAUGCUUCAGAAUCCGUGAAUUGAAAGACCUACCAAGAUUUGCCAUCUGAACUGGUAUUUCAGUUCAGGGGGCUGGAGCUUGUAGUAACCACUUUUGACAUUCGCAGUACCAGUAAACAAAACCAGACUGUAAUAUUAUGAUUGAUUGGAUGCUAGUAUUAUUCAUAGUGGUUGUUUUGGGUGGGAGUGAUAGUGGGAUGUACAGGUUGCCCCAUUCACUGAGGACCACUUGCAGCACUUCUUUCACCACCAAAUCAUUUACCCCCAUGUGAAACGGUGCACAUUAAUCAUCCUAUCCCCCAUACCAUAGAAGAAAAUAUAUGAAGUGAGUUCCUUCACGAAAAUGCAGCUGUUGCUAUCCAGCUGAGAAUUUAUUCUGUAACUGGUGAAUUUCAAACUGGUGAAAUGUGUGGAUUGUUGAGAAAAUGCAAGGUAUUCCUGUUGUAUAAAUUGCUUGUUUUCUUAAAACCAAGUAUCUAUUCACCCCACAAGUCAGAUCUGUUCUAUUAGUUCUUAGUUAGAAUAGUUUCCACCUUUUCUGCAUUUCUUUGCAACUCAUGAUUUUAGAAUAUUAUUUUGUAGCUGUAAUUAUAAUUUUGCCUUGAAGAAUUGUAUCCAAUUUCAACCAUAUUUGAACCCUUGCCUCAAAGGUCAGUCAAACUGCAAGAACUGAGAAGCUUAGAACUAAUUGGUGCUAUCAAUAGGGACUGAAUAUUGCAACUAAUUAGCACAUCACUCUUGCUUCUGGAAUCAAAGUUUCAAACUAAUCCAGACUGAUAAGGUAAAAAUUUUGCUUCAUCCGACUGGAAGGUCUGAUGAAAUAUGACUGUCACCACAUUAUCAUGCCUACAAGGCAAGAAAAUAAUCUUUUAGUUUAACUCUUGUUGAUACUAAACUGCCUAUCUUGGAGCAUGGAAUAAAUGUGGGAAAUAGAAAAUACCCCACUUUAAUUAUUCAAUAGAUUAAGAUAGGUAAUUUGAUGUGAAUUGCUUUAAGCAAAAGUGUUCAGUUUUGUUACAGUUCUCUCACUCCUGUAAGCACCAUUGCAGAGAAAUACUAAAAGGUGGUGGUAUGUUUCCAAGCUAGAUAAUCCAGGAGUGAUGCAUUAGCUCCUGAAUUAUUUGUGUUGUUUUCCAAACCUUAGCAGCUGUGGCACAAUACAUCAGCAUCAUUAAGUCUCCACGCAUAGCUUAACUGCAAAAUUUUUUUUAUAAUAGUAGCAUUCAUUGCAUAUGCUGCUGAGCAACCUAAAUUCCUAUUUAGUUCAUUGUUUGGAUUUAUAUUGCAAAAGCCAAAAAAGCAGACAAAGAUUUUCAGAUUCUUGUGUAUUGUCUCUAAUAUCUAAUAUCUCAAGCUCUGUUUAUUUCUUCCUAUUUUGGCAUUAUAGAGUUUCUAGAAUAUACUUGGCAAGGAGUUUGCCUCCUAUAAUGUGUGUAAAUAUAUUUAAAAAAUGAUAUAAGUUGAUCUCACAACUAGCAUCUAUCAGUAGAGGAUGGAAGAAUUGUGCUCAGUCAUGAGUUACGUGGGCAGAUGUCUCCAGUACAAUCCUGGCUCUAACUAUGUUCAGUAGCCCCAGGUACCAAUGGUAAAAGUUAGAUUGUAAACUUGUUACUACUUUGAACAGUGCAAAGGGUAAUAGAAGGUGUCCAGUGAGAUAGUAAUCAGUGGUACUUCUAUCUGCCUGGUUUAUCCCUGAAUUAGACUGACUGCAAAAAAACCACAGGUGAUGCAGUGGGAAUGAGACUAAUGUGGUGAUAAUGUAUACAGACUGGUUUUAAUAGGUGCUGUUCUAUAUUUGCAGCAUUAAUGAUCCAUUUUGCAUCAUGUAGAAGCAGUCACAAUGACUGACUGCCAGUUUAAUUUGUGAACACUAUUAAAGUGUCUCCAAUGCAAUAGUUUAAUCUCAAUUAGCAGUUUUCAUUUUAAUUCUGGCUAGAUGUGGUGAAGUUUGCAUUGUUAUUUUGCUGAACUCUAAAUUUUGUUAGUUUUCAUAAUAUUGACCUGAAAAGUCGUGACUGCAAAUUAAUGUUUUGGAAUUCCUUGCCACUAGUUCUGAAUCCAAAUUUGCAGACUACAUGUGAAUCUCCUCUUAAUUUCAAGCCAUGGCACAUCAUACAAUGUCCAAUUUGCCCCUUGAUAUUAUCUAAGUUUAAUUUUGAUUGUAUUUUAAAUGUUUGCUUACCUGGUCAGUGUAGCUCUUUGUUCCUGAGUGUAAUUAUGCUGCACUAGGACAUUAGAUAAUGGUGCAUUCUACUACUUAACACAGCACUACCAGCACAGAACAUUAUGAUAUUUCAGAUAACUAGUUUGUUUUGAUUGAUACUAAUGAGGUGUAAUUGAUAAUCAGUUCAGUGUGCAAUAAAUAUCAUGAAAUAUUUAAGCUGUGAAUGUAUUAUAUAUUUUAAAAAUGUUUUCCCAAUUUUGCCUAUGAUUUGGAGUAUUUGGUUAACCUACUGUUGCUAUUACUCAAUUAAGAAUUCCAUUUUGGAGAGAAAUAUUCAUGCAAAAUCUGGGCUUACAUUGCUAGUGCAAUGGUUUUCAAGCCAGGGCAUCAGUUUUUGGCUGGGUUGUGGGAUGUUUUCCAAACUGUCUGGUUGUCUCCCUACUUUACAUAAAUGCUGGUGUGCAGGCCAGAGAACUUAUUACUGGGGACUGUGGAGGAGAGCCAUUUGGUUAAAUGGGGUGCCCGAGGGGAGGAAAAAAAUUGAAAGCCAUGGCUCUCUUUCAGUAAUGAGGAAUGUGGCAAUUUCAAAGGUGUCAGUUCCAGGUCCCAUCUGCUCUUUCCAGACGAACAUAAAAGAUGGCUAAUUUGAGGGCAGCAGUGCUCUCCCCUAUAUCCCGGUCACAGAACAUUUAAAGAAUUUGAUCUGGUUAUCUAUCUCCUGAAAGACGGUCCC